AAGCCUGGCGGAGCCAGGCAGGGAAAGCAGCCUGCAGCCAAGGAUAGACCUUCCCUAGGGAGAGGCUGAAGAGCAGGUCCACGAUGCUGUACCAGCAACUAUUCCACCUGCUAGGGAUCUGGCUGUUGCUGAGCCAGCUUCCCAGAGAGCUCUUGGCCAAGCGGUUAAGGCCUGUGAAGAAGCUAUGUGGCCGUGAAUUCCUCCAAGCCAAGAAUGAAAUCUGCAGCAAGAUCCAGUUGGAAACGUAUGGUAACAGGGGCAGGCGACCAGUGAAAACUCUCGUGACUGCAGCUCCUUUUCUACCCCCCAUCGAAGAAGAGGAAAAAACCACAGAUGAGUUCUCCGAAUUCACUCCUGAUAUUGGUGAGAGCGUGAUGGAAUAUGAAGAAUUCCCUGAGAUGAACCCGAUGACACAGAGCGAAGUAGACGACAGCAGCCCUUCAGAGCCAAAUAUCUUCAGCUUGAACCCAUAUUCCCGAAAAAAGAGAAAGAAAAUUAAAUCAGUGCAGAAGAAGUGUUGUAGGAAAGGUUGUACCGUGAAACACCUGCUGAAACUAUGCUGAAACGAGCUAAUUAUGUAGGUCUCAGCUAAUGUCCACAUGUCUUCUCACUGACACAGCCCCAGAUGCCUCUCUCAGACACCACUGAUAACUACAAUGUGACAAAUCUUUACUAGUGUUUUGAUUUCUGAUUUGUUGUGCAAGAAAAUACUCUUGACAUUAUAGAAGUUUCUGUUAAUAAAACUUUCAAUGCUAAAAA